UGGAGAUGGAGGUCGAGACUGUUCAACAUAGAGAAUGAUGAUAGAUCCAUGAUGUGGAGAUUUGAAGAAGAAAGAUGACGUGAAGGUGAAGAGAAGGUGAAGAGAAGGUGAAGAGAAGGUGAAGAGAAGGUGAAGAGGAAGCGAAGAGAAAGCGAAGAGAAAGUGAGAGGUGAAGAUGAAUAGCUAUGUGGAUGCAGAGGCUUCUUGGAUCAGACCGUCUACUUGAAUUUCAUACUAACAUUUUACAGGACACUAAAACUCCAGUUACUUUAGCUAAAGUCAUCAAGGUCUUAGGUAGAACCGGUUCCAGAGGUGGUGUUACCCAAGUCAGAGUUGAAUUCUUAGAAGAUGCUUCAAGAACCAUUGUCAGAAACGUUAAAGGUCCAGUUAGAGAAAACGACAUCUUAUGCUUAAUGGAAUCUGAACGUGAAGCUAGAAGAUUACGUUAAGAUAGUUUCAUAUUUUAUUUUUCAUUUGGAAUUAAAGAUAAAAAAAAUGUCAUAUUUAAACUAAAAAAAGAAUUUGUACAAAUAUUUCCCC